GUUUACUUUUAGCGAUUUCUUAUCAUUUGACAAUUUGUCAACAAAUAAUGUGAACAACUUUAAUUUAAUUUUGAUGUAGAGAAAGAAAAGAAGACUGAAAAAUUAAGAAAAUGGCAGCCGAUCUAUAUAGUAACAUUAGCACAAUACUUCCAGUGACUUCAACAGAACCAUCAUGGGUCUCAGUACAGACACCUUCAGCAACAGAAGAGAUCCCAGAACUAUGGGGAUUUAUAACUGCAGGAAUUGCUAUUUUAUUUUUUGGCAGUAAUUUUGUUCCUGUUAAAAAAUAUGAAACUGGUGAUGGUAUGUUUUUCCAGUGGAUAGUGUGUAGUGCUGUAAUGGUGGUCGGUAUAAUUGUACAAUUAAUCAGAAAGCAACCACCAUUCUUUCCUAUUGCUAUGAUCGGUGGUGUAGUUUGGGAAUUAGGAAAUGUUUGUGUGGUGCCUAUAGUUAAGACAAUUGGUUUAGGACUAGGUAUAUGUAUUUGGGGGAUGAUUAACCUUCUGAGUGGUUGGUCCACAGGAAGAUUUGGCUUCUUUGGACUAACAGCAUCUGUUCCUCAUAAUGAAGUAAUGAAUUAUAUUGGUGUUGCAAUGUGUGUAUUUAGUGCUAUUGUGUUUUCCUUUGUGAAGAAUGAGAUAACACCUAUAGACAAUAUGGAGAGUGAACCUCUGAUUUCACAGAAAAUCGACUUGAAUACACAAGGAAAUGAUACAUUAUAUAAUUCUACAAGAAAUCAUGAUGUCUUAGUGUUUAGCAGGAGAAGGGGAAGCAGUACAAAUAUACAAGAGAUGAAUAUAGAUGAAUCCUUUAUAGAUAGGAUGUCACCUGGUGCAAAAAGAGCUUUAGGAUUAAUACUAUGUUUAUUCUCUGGUCUGAUGUAUGGUCAGAUGUUUACUGGUGCCACAUAUAUUCAGGACCACAGAGCCAAUUUCCCAGGGGCUUCAUUAAAUGGUUUAGACUAUGUGUUUUCCUGUUUCUGUGGUAUAUAUUUAACCAGUACAACAUUUUUCUGUAUUUAUAUUGUUAUAAUGAAGAACAAACCAAAGAUAUACCCAAAAGUUAUACUGCCUGGCAUUGUAUCAGGUGUUAUGUGGGGCAUAGCAACCAGUUGUUGGUUUGUGGCUAACAGGUCUUUGUCUAUACCAGUGGCAUUCCCUAUAGUUACAGCUGGUCCAUCUGUUGUAGCCUCAUUAUGGGGUGUUCUGGUAUUCAAAGAAAUAACCGGAAAGAGGAAUUUACUGAUUUUAAUGUUUGGAUUCGCUAUAGCCAUUGGUGGAGCAGUAUUAGCAGGAGUAUCUAAAAACUGAGAUUUUAUUGGUACACAAGAUUACAUUACCAGUGCAAUAUAAAGAUAAUGAUUUACCAGAUUUAGUUUUUCAAUUGUCUCCCUUUACUAUAUAAGUAAAGGUAGAUUGCAUAGUGUACUUUAAGUUUAUGUUAUUUAUGAUAUAUUUAUUUUCAUUGACAAGUGAGUAAUUUAAGUGAAAAAGUGGUACAUAUUUCUGGUAUAAAAUAGAAAUAUUUGAUAGGCCAGUUGAUAUAGCAGGAAUUUAUUCGUAUGAAUUUGAUAGUAAAUGUUUAAACAUUCCAGAUUUUCUGAUAAAAAAUGUACGGCUAAGUAACAAAUAUUUAGCUUCCUAAUUCCUGUCGAUUCAAGUAUACCCUUUAAUUUGCUUUUUCAAAAUGGUAAGAUGAUGUUUUGAAAGUUUAUGAUAAUGGUAGAAAAUUUAAAAAAAAAUUAAAUUUUAAAUAGAUGAUCAAUAUUGAUUAUAAUUAUUAUGUUUAACCGCAAUCAGUCAAAAUAACCUCCAUUUUUUCAUAUAAAGUAUAAAAUGGCCCUACAUAUUUUGAUAUCAUAAUUAUCAAUACUUUCAUGAUUUAUUUUUAGUCUGUGAUACCUUUUUUUCAUGCCUAUAUUCUACAUAAGUUUUAUACAUCUGAUGUAUUUUUCUCUAUGCUUGAUCAAUCAAAUACAUGUAGGAACUUGAUUUUUCUUAAACGAUAUUAUCUACUUUUGGUGACAAUAUUUCUGACAUUUCACUGCAUAUACUCAUUAGUUUAAGAUAUUAAUUGGGGCCAUAUAACUUUGUAUAUGUUUAUCUUACAUACAUGUUAGAAAACAAUGUUAUAUGAUUAACUAUGUUCAUAAAUUGAGAUUAUACUGUAAUACUUAUUAUUAGAUACAUGUUAUACACGGUAAAUUCAGAUAUCCUUGUUAUAUUUAUAAUUGUUCCCCGCACAUAUAUAGUGUGGAUAUGGUAAUGGUCUCCAUCUGUACGACUGAAACACAACAAUAUGCUUUCAUACUUGGUAGGAUGAUCUGUCUCCAUAUUAUUUUGAACGUACUAAAUCGUCAGUUUGAUUUUGACAAUGUUUAUGGGAGUAAUGGGACUUUGCUCAAUUGUGUUAAGUAUUGUACCAAGGACAACUUGUGAAAGCAACUCAUCAGAAGCUGUUUUACAGAAAGCUCUCAUAUUUGGUACUAUUGUUUGCCAUAUUGAAAUACUAUUUUGAUUCAAUUAUUUUUGGAAAAUGACGCUAUCAGCGGCAUGUUUCCGAUACCAUUGACCAGAACUAACGGAAGUUGAUUAUGCCUCCGCCUACCGCACUCGGUUUCAUAUUUACUAUUUUACAUACUAACUGGAAUCUGCUUGUAUUACGCUACACUCGAACAAAGUCUUUGUUAAAGUGUUGUAGUCGGACGGGAACCAGUUUACAUACGUUAUUUUAUUCACCAAAAAGAUAUCUUGACCUGUCCAUAUGUUUUUUGUUAUUAAAUGGUAUUUGGAGCUAUCCCUUUGUUAUAUUUUUCAUAUUUAUUCGAGCUUUCACUUUUAUGCACAUGUCUAACAAUCGUAAACAAUCGGUAUGUAUACAUGAUAAAUAGAUCCGUUUUGUUAUGGUGUUGGACUUUUUACCCUCCAAUGAUCAGCAAUCGCUAGACAAAAUAGUUCUCCUAAAUAAUGUCAGCCUUAAAGCCCUUUCAUGCCAUUUCAACUUUACAAUCAUUAAAAAAGUAAUAAUCGGAAUCAUUUUGAUAUCCAUUGGAUAGAAACUGGUCUAUAUCAAGAUUUACGAAGAUUUUAAUAAUCGGAAAUUAGUAAUACGGUUAUACCCACGCGGUGCGUAUGAAUCUUUGUUCACAAAGUUAUAGCAGCAGAGUCUGUAACUGUAUCAUUAUUAAUUAACUACACUGUUAUUGUACUUAAAAUGAUGAAAACUGCAUAUGCAAUAUAAGAUGUCAACUCGGCCAAUACAGAUUUUUUUUCCGUAUUGGCCGAGUUCUGAUCCGGCCAAAACAGGAUUUCGGAACGUCUCUAGUUUUUAGAUCGUAAGUCAAGAUAAACUCAAACUGAAAGUAAACAGUUGUUUGUACGACGCAGUUUUUAUUUACUCACCAUAAACAAGCUGAAACGUUCAGUAUGGCAUAUAUUUUAGGUUAAAGACGGUCCCAUUCAUUUGAAAAGCAUUUUGAAAGUAGACGAUGGAAUUAUUUCAGGUUUAGGGAACGAGUAAAUUAUCACAAAGUUCAUUUCUUGAGGACCUCAUAAUUUCAUCAUGUCGAUUUUUACUGUUCACUUUCGCUUAUCAUGUUUUGUAAACGGUCUUUUAUUUUUAAACCCGAACCAGGCAUAUGCAUUCUGUAAUUGCGCAAAUCUUCGUUCUUUGGUCAAUUGGCUUAUGGAUAGUUGUAUCAAUUUCAACUCUUACAUUAUUUUUUUUUUAAAUAUAUUUGCAUUACACAUGCAAUGGCAGUACCUUUCCAAUUACUAUUUAUGUGUUGUGUCUAAAUUUAAGUUGUAACACUUUAUAGUGACUGGAAAGGGUAGAAAAAUUCAUCAGAUGAGAAAAGGCUGAAGAUGCAUGGAAACGGCACCAAAUUAUUAGAUAUUGCAUCUUAUAAAAAGAAACUGAGAUUUGGAUAGUUCCACUUCAAGGUAAAAAUGUUUAUCUCUUGUGAAAUGAAAUAAAAAAAUAUUGUAACACUGUAGUUAAUUAAUAAAGAUACUAUUACAUGUAUUUCUGUAUUGGCCUUAUUGUUGGUCCUCGGCCAGCAGUAUUGGCCUUCGGCUUCGCCUCAGACCAAUACACCAAGACAUGGACCAAUAACAAGGACAAUACAGAAAUACUUACGCAAUAAUAUUAUAGAAUGACAGUAUGGUUCAAUAGCGGGAAUCAGCCCCUCAACUACUUUUUACAUAAAUAUUAACUUCUGGCUUCAACUCCUUGUUCGUCUUGUCUGGAGAUCUUGUAGUUCCAGUUAGGCAAGCAUUUUAGAGACAUAUCCCGUCCAUCCUCUCUUGACUUGUAAUUUCUGGUGAUAGAUUUUGCCGCUUGACGUUGUAUCUUUUCAAGCUUGUUUUUUUUUUUUGUUACUGUGUAGGGGUCCCAUACUAUGGCUCCAUAUUAAAUUGUAAGAUCCAUUCCUAAAGGUCUAGAUCAUUGUUCUAAUCUGACACAAAUUUCAAUAACUGGAAUGCUACCCGAGUUGAAUAUAUGGUGACCUACUAGAACAGCAUUAUCACUAUUGGAAUUGUGUUUAAUACCAUGAUUGUUCAAUGUCAUUAACUUAAAUGGAGACAGACAUUUGACCUGAAAGGUGGUGUGGGAGUGCAAAAUCAAAAACUAACUGACUAUGAUAUAUGGUUAAAGAAUGAAUAUCAAUUACAUGGGUCAACAUGGUCAAGGGCAGAGUUGUUAUGAAAUAACAAUAUGGCAGAGAAGUGGUUUCAAGUUUCAUAUAAAGCGACCUGACUGACAUGAAAUAAAAAAUCAAAGGAGUAUCCCUAUUUGUCUAAUCUUCAAGGUGAAAUAAAACUAGUAAAAUAAUAUUAUACUAUUGUCUAAAUCUACAGAAAUAUAAUUUGCUUCAAGUAACAGAAAUAACUAGGUCACUAGUAACUUAUUUAAUGAGUAUGUGGGGUAUGAGAGCUUGAUAACAACAGGCUCUUCAUAAUCAUUUGGUUUGAAAAGGAUACUAGUAGUCUAUAUUCUUGAUUUAGAAAAAUGUAAUUGCAAGACAAAAAUCACAUUACUUAGAAUACUUUAGAUCAUUCAGGUAGUCUUUAUUUAUAUGUACAAAAGAACAGCCAGUAGUCAUUGGAUAUUGUAGAUCAUUGUGGUAGUCUUGACCUAUUUAUUUAUAGAAAAAAACAGCCAGUAGUCAUUGGAUACUGUAGAUCAUUCAGGUAGUCUUGACCUAUACAUUUGUACUAAAAAAACAGCCAGUUGUCAUCUUCACAUAACACACACAUAUACGAAUAUCAAUUAUAUGCUUAUGAGACAUGUUGGAAUGUUAAACUAAUUACGGUAUGUGAAAAUCAAGACUUGCAUAAAAAAUAUCACAAUAUUAGAGACAGUGGUGUCAUUUUUCCUCAGAGCUUUCAGCUCUUUGAUUAACGGAAGUGAUUAAACUUUUACCAUUUUGGGAAUAUUGUGACAAUAAUACCUUGUGAACGCAACUUCUCUGAGACUAUUUUUCUGGAAUCCCACACUUGGUAGGAUUGUUUACAAUCGUGUUGUUGUGUUGUUGUGUUGUUGACCAUAUUAUACCAUCAUAUUGAUUUGACCAUUUUUAUGGGAGUGAUGGGACUUUGACUUUGUACCACAAUCACAUUUUGUGAACUAUAUCUUCUGAGGCCAUUAGACAGAAAGCUCUCAUAUUUGGCAGGAUUGUUUGCCAUCAUAUGUAAUUGACCAUAUUAUACAGUAAUUUUGAUGAAACCCUUUGUACAGGAGUUAUUGGACUUUGACUUUUUUAUACUUUUGUUAGUUUUGUACCUUAGUAAUGGCUCUUUGUGAAUUCAACUCUUUUAACACCAUUUGACAGAAAGCUCUCUUACUUGGUAGGGUUGUUUUCCAUCAUGUAUUAUUGACCAUAUAAAACCGUCAUUUUGAUUGACCUUUUUUAUGGGAGUUGUAGAACUUUUAUGAUAUUUUUUUACAUUCAUACCACAAUGACACAUUAAGACACACAGUUAUAUCCCUCAUUAAUUCAGCGGUGGGGGGCAUUUUGCUACAGCCUAACAAUUUUGUCGUUUUCAAAAUGUGACAGGACUUUUAUUGAAGUAAAUUAGAACUUAGGUUUAAAUUCUGAGGACAUUAUUUAUAUUCAGAACUAUUUUUUUCUCCAGUUGGUGUCUGUUUACUUGUUAUCUACAACAAUAAAUGCACAGAAUAAUUGUGAAUUUAUAAUACUCUCUCCAAAGAACAAAGAUAAUUGAUAUUUUCCAUUGUAAUGACAUGAUUUUUGUUCUUUGGUCCUGUUGUUUUUAGUAUCUACAAGUUCUUAAGUAGUGUCAAUGCUUAUAUAUUUAUUUAUAUACAUAUACAUAUGUCAUUGUAAAAAUUACAUAAAGAUAUAAAAAUAACAACCACUGAUGAGGCUGCGAGCUUGGGACUAAUGUAUGAAGAUGACUCAGGGUUAAACUGACUUAUCUAUUUUGUGUUAUCAAAUAUUUCUACAUGUUUCUACUCAGGUCCUUCACACUUCACUGAAAGAUUGCUCACAUAUUGAAGUUGUGCACCUGCUAUUAUGGAAUUGUUUGAGAAAUAUUUUUUCCAUUUUCCAAAUUUGGGAACAAAUUAGUUUUUCAUUUACAUUAUUUCUAUAUAUUUAUAUGUUCAUUAUACACCAUUCUUUGUUGUUUAAGAACAUUCCAUGCAAUCUGUGAAGUUGACUCUUUGUUGCACUUCAAUGGAAUAACACAAGGUGCAUAAAAAAACUUCAAAUUUGUUUUAAACACACAACUUUAUAUGAACCUCACAGCUACUGAAAGCAAGCUAAAAGUACUCAUUAUGCUGAAUAUAGAAAUCUUUCUGAAUUAUACUCUGAUAUUUCAUGGUACAAAUAUAUUCUUUAGAGUAGAUUUCACACAGCAGCAUCAUGAGUAGUCCAGGAAGAGAGAACGAGAACCUUGUGCAAUGCUCAAAGUAUUUGUUUAUCAUAUCAAAUAGAAAUAUUUGUAGGUUAGAUAAUGCAAACACACUCAUGUAUGAUAUUUUCUUACGGUAGUUAUGUUAAAAUGUUUAAACUUGAGAACUAAUUCAUAUUUAGAGCAUGUUUUUGUAUAAAUAACACCUUUGCAUGACUUACUCUUUUUAGAUUAACAAGUUUUUUCUGGUUUAAAGUAACAGCCAUUUAAAAAAGCCAGUUAAUAAGUUAUAUGCCAGUAAUAAGAACAAGGUUGUAUUUAUUUUAUAUUAUUUCAAUGAGAUUAAUACAUUGCAUAUUCAUGAAGUUUUUAUAUGAUUGAAGGUUUAAAAAAAUCAUUUAUGGAAGUGUUUAUAUUUUAUAUUUGCAUUAAAUAUAGUUGAUGAAAA